AUGCUCAUUCUGGUUAUAAAACCACUGUUCAAAGGUAGACUUUCAUCCUACAGAACAGCCCCCUCGGGAGUAUUACGCUUGUUACAUAGGAGUACCUCUCACUCGCUCGAGUGCUCCGUCAUGUACAUCUCCCACCCAUGGCUGGCUUCGGCCAUUGCCCUCUCGAUUCCUACCUUCGCCCAUGCCCGGGUGGCUCAGCACACGCUUGAUACUGGGGCGCGCAAGGGCACUGCUAAGGACGAUAGCUCGCCUCCCUGGUGGCCGAUCAAAAACAUCUUCAAGCGCCAGUCAGAGAUCGACUGCUCGUUUCCCAAUUCUUACUAUAGUAUUUUGAACAGCACGGGACGUGGGGACAAGGAGGUGCAAUAUUUCUGUAACAGAUGGCUUGCUAUACCGCCUAAAAUCGUCGAGACGGAAAUAACGCCAACAAUAACCAUCACAACCACUGACCGCAGCACCAAGCUUGCCACCUCUACAACACGAACUACAAUCACAGUCGAGCAGACGAUAACAAGAUCUUCGGUGCCGGCAACAGAAAGUACGAAAUCUUCUCCUAUAUCAGCGGUACCGACCACUACACCUGCGCCGAUAGUCCCGCGGGCUGCCAACGUCGAAGCCCGAGUAAACAAGAUUAUCAAUUCAGUGCUUGAAAAUGGCAUGGCAACACCGACAGCCACGCCUGGUGACUCUAUCAAGGAUGAAGACGACAAGAAGCUUUCGCUUGCAUGCUCCUGUGCAGAUGUGGAGCCCACGUCGACCAGCACAAUCACAUCCACGGCUUCGCCUGUAUCUACCACCACUGCGAGAUUCUUCCUAGUUUUCCAAACACUAACGACAACGAAGACUGUCACGACGAGGAUCAAUGUCGACAAUGCAACUCCAACACCUCCCAUAAUGCCGACUGGCAGUAGCCAGUCUCCGAAUAUUUCGACAGCAAUCCUUACCCCCACCGUGGUGGCACCGUCUAUCACAUUGCCUCCUUCCAUUGUGCUUGUCUCGACAGGUUCCAUCGCCCCAACGGCUGGGCCAGUCGGACCUCGGCUACCUGUCGUUAUUGGCUUUCCCUUCUCUUGCCCCAAAUCUACAGAUUCAUCGCCCCGCUUCAUCGUUGGGGACUUUCUAUAUGAGUACUCUUUACAAUGUGACAAGGCAAUCGUAGGAAGCACUGCCAUUGUUCCUCCACAGGAGGUCAAUGAUCCAACGGCGUGCGCAGAGCUUUGUUCUCUCAUGAAUGAGGGUGCGCGAAGCUCACUGUGUCAAUCGGCCCAGUUCACUCCUAUACUUGGUUUAGAGAAAGGCUCUUGUGUGCUGAAUGGACCUGCUAAUAAUCUUGUCGACCAACCAGGAAGCAUUGCAAUUGUUCUCAUCAACACGUCCUCUCCAAAUGCAGAGGGCUGCGAUGCCAUCGCGUCCAAGACCCCAUCUUCCAAUACCACCUCUGCUCCUGCCGCUGCCUCGAUCCUCGCUUCUAUAUCAUCAGCCAGCUACUCUCGCUCAAUUCCAGGGUUCCAAACUCGAUCAGAGGCUGGCGGUGCAUUCAAGACCAUGUUCUCAACCGGGUAUACCGAUUCAUUGGGCUACUAUUACUACAGUUGGUAUGAAAUCGAAGCCUCAUCGACUGCUUGGCAAGAGAUUUAUCGGGCAUCUUGGUCAGCUUGCCCGCAAAGUACCCGCACCCCCAUCGGACUUCCGGCUUCGGUCACGGGAGACGGCGCCAUUUUCUCUACAGGGUACUCCACAGCAACGACUUUGGCCACUGGUGGAGGAGGCGUUCAGCCACCUUCACCGGCCUCUAGUGUCACGGGUAUUGCUACUCCAACGAGUGCCAGUUCCCGGGAGCCUGACAUCUUUAUACGCUCCGGAGAAUCUACCUUCUAUACCUCCAAUGGAGGGUUCGGAGUGAUCCCUCCUCCUAGCAGGACUGUAAGCAGCGCGCUGUUCGCCAACUCUACCCUGUCACCACCUGGAAGCGAUGCGUUCACGCUUUCCAGCGCAACAUCCACCUAUAAUUUCACAGGAGGUGCAAGAUCUUUGAAAUCUACAGGCGGCGAAGCCACCAAUACCGGAUUGUGGUCGAGUGUAUCGACUAAUUCCACGGGGGGGAAUGGUGUGUACAGCCCUUUUACCACUUCUACUCCCAUCUCGGAAGCUGGCCAAGCCUUUACUACUGGGGGAGCUAUGUCCAUCUUCAACUCUACAGGAGGUAAUGGCGGAAUACACCCUACUCCACCGGCCAAUAUAAGUGCUUCCCCAGCGACCUCGGGUGGUAUUGAAUUCACGAUCAGUGGGCAGUCAUCCGCCUUCUUCUCGACUGGCGGGUUUGGCUCCCAGGGCCCUAUUCCAGGAACAGCGAACAGCUCUUUACCCUUGCCCACUGCACCUUCUAGUGAAUUACCAUCAAACAACUCUACGGUUUCCUUUCCAGCAAGUGCCACCUCUGGCUCUUCAGGUCUUUUGAAUAGUUCAUUGCCUGGAGGUUCAGCUGCUUUCUCUACUGGUGGUGCUUUCUCGACCUUUUUCUCGACCGGCGGAAAUGGCGUGAUACCACCUCGGCCUACCAACGCAUCGCAAUCUGUUGUACCAAGUCAGACGCCAAGUCUAAACCCGAAUGAAACUGCGCUACUUUCGUCUGGCACUGGAGCUUUCACUACUGCUGGAUCAUUUUCGAUUGCCUCGAGUACUGGUGGAUCUGGGGGUACUCCACCGUCCUUGUCAAAUGUGUCAGAAACGGCAUCUGCUAGCUUCCCUGCUUCUAGUCUCAAUAACACCUCCAUAAUUGGUACGGGCGCUCUCACAAUUUCCAGUUCUGCCUCCAUCAUUCUGAGCACUGGCGGAUUUGGAGUCAUACCGCCUGCCCCUUCAAAUGCAUCCGGUACGGCUCCAUCCAUCCAUUCUACGCCUAGUGCGAACACCACUUUGCCGAGCGCUACUGGCACCGCCAGCACAGAAGGAGACGUAGCAAUUUUAUCCACUACAGGAAGCUCGGGGAUUAUACCCCCACCUUCGCAGAACACUACAACCUCUCCACAAGCAAGUAUUACCCCGAGUCCCAGUUUCAAUGCCUCUGUUCCCAUUGACACCGACCUCACCACGGCGUCUGCGACUUCCGUUCCUGAGGAAGAUGAAGGAGGUUUCUCUGCAGUCUCAGAAGGCGUUCCACCCUCUUCGGAAACUUCGGAAAAUGCUACAACGACAGUUGGGUCUAGCUCUCUCCCAACUCUAAGCGUAAAUGCUUCCACUUCUCUCGUUGCUACAGGGCCCAUUACAUCUUCGAGUGGUAAUUUCACUAUCUCUGGAAGCACGGCUGUCAGCUUUUCGACGGGCGCAUCGGGGGUUAUCUCACCCGUUAUGAACUUGACAACAGCAUUGCCUAGUCUCACGCCCAGUCCCAGUGGCAAUGUAUCGUCGUCCACAGACACAGAAGGUUCGAUCUCUGAUAAACCCAGAACACCCAACACUCGAAACUCCACCGUCGUUCCUAUCGGUACUGCACCAAGCACCGGAUUCACCGCACUAGCGAAUUCAACCACGACAACAAUGGUACUUCCCUCAAGCUCGAAACCCCAAUGGGGUGGUUACGGACCUCCUCCUCAAGUCACACCGACUACUACGGUGCAAAUAACCACAUCUUUACCAGGAACGCUUCAGCUUUCGAUGAGCACACCUCCACUUUCUGCUAACUCCAGCCUGCCUAUAAUUAAUUCCACCAGUUUGGGUACCCACAGUGAAGAUGAAGAUGAUCGCCGGCGCAAGAGCAAGUCCUCUACCCCGUCUGCUCAGUUCCCUACACUCACAGCCAAUACUACGAUACCAUUUGGAACUGGGAGUGGCUCGACACCCACAUCAACAAUCAACCCCACCGCCUCUGAUUUCCUGCCACCGCCAUCGUUCAACUCGAGUGGGCUGCUUCCCACGGGCACUGCACCACUCACUACACCUCUGUUGUCGGUAAACUCCUCUAGUGUUUUACCUACAGGGUCAAUUUCCGCAACCUUGCCUCCUGUCUCAUUCAAUUUUAGCCUGACAGGCUCGACGGGCUUGGUUUCGUCUGCCGUCCCCACUGAAUCUCUCUCCAUCUGGUCAAAUUCGAGUAUGCCACUAGGAACUGGAACUACUGCGAUACCGGUGUCCUUGAAUGAAACGAGUUUUCCAGGUACUAGCUAUGUACCAGUUCCCUCGCUGACGCCCAGCCCUUCGUUGAAUAGCAGUCUAUCGACAGGAACUUCUCCAUCGUCUCUCACGCCCAUUAUCACUGCGAAUAGCAGCUUACCCACAGUAUCAGGGACCGGUGCAUUCCCUAUGGAGUCUGGGAAUUCAACGGGCUUGUUACCGACAGGGACAACCUCUACCAACUUUCUCGCCCCUCUUUCUAACACUUCCAGCUACUUCCCUACUUAUACUCCCAUUAGUCCACCACCCUCAAGCGGUAUCAUCCCGUCGUCUGCGAACACUACAAGUCCACCGGGUACUUCAGAAGCAUGCCCAACUGCGUCAUUCUCCGUCGUUGAGCGCGUGUCGAUCAUAACAACAACGUACUACGAGACUGUUCCCGUCGGCCCUUCAACAUGCCUACCCACGGCGUCAGCGUCUCUUCCGAUCGCGGCGUUAAAUGCGACGUCCUCUACCUCCCUCGUUCUUCCAUCCAGCGGCGUUUCUCUCCCUUGGUCGCCGCGUUUCCGCCGAUCCGGCGAAAUCGCGACGCCAGAGCAAAUUGAAGCCGCAUGCAAAGAUUCCGUCAACCUAGUGCUGAACCCCAACUUUGCUCUUGAUGACACCGAUGAAACAUCGGCUUUGGAAUGGACUACUGUCUCAGAUGACCCAUCUAUCGCGUUCCGCCACGUGACCUCUAAACCACCCGCCGUCACGCCCUCCUUCGCACGCGUUCUUGCAACAACAGCAGGGCCGUAUUUGACUGCUUCGCAGCCGCUGACACUUUGCCCUGGGCGACAAUACACGCUCUCGAGUUUCAACAAGCAGGCGAAUCUGCUCAAUAGAUGUACGGUGGAAUAUCUCAUCGGCAACGACUUAGUCGCGUCGGCUAGCCCCCAGGAGGUGUUCUUGAAGAAGGAAGAGUUCUUUACAGCAGGUGCGACACCCGAGGCUGUAAGCCAAGAUUUGAGGAUCAGAGCAAAAUGUGUGGGUAGUUCUGGCGGAGGCAACGCGCCUAUGGAAGUCAAUUUCCGAGAGGUGAAGGUUGCUUUGGUUGUGUGA